AUGCAGCAUUAUGGAGUGAAUGGUUAUUCUCUUCAUGCGAUGAAUUCUCUGAGCGCCAUGUAUAACCUUCACCAACAGGCGGCACAGCAAGCUCAACAUGCCCCAGACUACAGGCCAUCUGUGCAUGCCCUCACCUUGGCGGAGAGACUGGCCGGCUGUACGUUUCAAGACAUCAUUUUGGAGGCCCGUUAUGGCUCCCAGCACCGCAAACAGAGGAGAAGUCGCACAGCUUUCACAGCCCAGCAGUUGGAAGCCCUGGAGAAAACUUUCCAGAAGACUCACUAUCCAGAUGUGGUGAUGAGGGAGCGCUUGGCAAUGUGUACCAAUCUGCCAGAAGCCAGAGUUCAGGUUUGGUUUAAAAACAGAAGAGCCAAGUUCCGGAAGAAGCAGCGCAGCCUCCAGAAGGAGCAACUACAGAAACAGAAAGACUCUGAAGCCAACCAUGGUGAAAGCAAAGCAGACACUCCGCUCUUAGAAGCACAGAAUCCAGCUCCAGAGGCAGACAAAUCACUGAGCCUGCCAAGUGAGGUAAACACAGAGCUCACCCUGACCCUGUCUGAGCAGUCCGCGAGUGAGUCUGCCACGGAGGACCAGACAGACCGAGAGGAGGAAUUCAAGAUCUCACUAGAGGAGAACAAAUCAGAUAAGAGUCCUGAAGCUGACAACAAACUUCUGAACAGCAAAAGGGCAAGCCCAAAAGCAGAUUCCCCCAUCGGUGCCACAGCCACGCCGUCCUCCAGUAGCGGUCUUUCUCAGACCCACUCCUACUCAUCCUCACCCCUCAGCCUUUUCCGCCUACAAGAGCAAUUCCGCCAGCACAUGGCUGCCACAAACAACUUGGUCCAUUACUCCUCCUUUGAAAUGGGGACCCCUUCUGCCAUGCCUUACUUGGGCAUGAAUGUCAACAUGGCCCCCCUCAGCUCGUUGCACUGCCAGUCGUAUUACCAGUCCCUCUCCCACGCCCAGCAAGUGUGGUCCUCGCCGAUCCUGCAGGCAUCCUCUUCUCUUCCAAGCCUGAACAGUAAAACAACCAGUAUUGAGAACCUACGGCUGCGAGCAAAGCAACAUGCUGCUUCUCUGGGGCUGGAUACUUUACCAAAUUGA